UUCAGAGCUACACACACGCACGCACACACACACAUACACACACACACACACACACACACACACUGGUGUGUCUCCUCCGUAAUGCGAUUACUCUCGUGUCGUGGGGAUUUAAGGGUCAUUUCGGAAAAUCGUUGCCAACGGCCUUGGAGGUAGAAUAGGACAUUUGGACAACACUUUUUUGCUUUUGUUUUGCUGGCCUGAAAUUAGCUGGAGAGUUUGAGGGUGUAAACCAGCCUAUGGGAGUGUGUACUGAUGUAGCGGAGAGUAGCGCGCGCACACACGAACGCACACACACAUACACGCACGCACGCACGCACGCGCAGAGGGCGCUAGUGUGUGGCGGAGGAGCAUUUCUACAGGAUGUGCUCGCUUCUCAGGCACUUUCACGCCGUCUCUGAGAGGGAUUACCUGCCUUUCCAAACUAGCAUGGUGGGCCUGCAGUAACGCUUAGGGAAGAUGUGCCAGCGGUCGUGGCUCUUUCAAUGGCUGAGAAUCGGAAUUGGUGUCCUCUUAGUCACAGCUUCCAGCUGGUCUCAGGACUCAGAUGUCACAGACUGGCAGUAUGAGGAGUGCAAGCUCUCCAGAACCGGUCCACCAGCCACCAUAGUAGCCAUAGAUGAAGAGAGUCCUAAUGGGACUGUCCUGGUGGAGAACAUGCAAAUCAACGGCCGGGCAGAAGACCCUCACCGAACCAUCUCUUUAUCCUUGAGAGACAACUAUGACCACUGGGUAAUCCUGGACCCCGUCCAACAACGGCUUUACCUUAACAGCACUGGAAGAGUUCUGGAUCGUGAUCCUCCUUCCUACAUUCAUUCCAUUGUGGUGCAGGUCCAGUGCACCAAUGAGCUGGUCGGUACAGUGAUUCUUCAUGAGGUGCGAAUCGUUGUGAGGGAUCGUAAUGACAACACUCCUCGUUUCCAGCAGCCACGGUACUAUGUGGCUAUUAAUGAGCUCACUCCUGUUGGGACCACCGUCUUCUCAGGCUUCACGGGGAACAAUGGUGCUGUUGACAUUGAUGACGGACCAAACGGACAAAUUGAGUACACCAUUCAGUACAAUCCUAAUGACCCGACUGCUAACAGAACCUUUGACAUCCCUCUCACCCUGUCGGGCUCUGUGGUGCUGAGAGAGAGACUGAACUAUGAAGAGAUCACACGCUACCUGGUCAUCAUCCAGGCCAAUGACCGAGCUCCUGACCCUAAAGAGCGACUGACUGCCACCACAACACUGACAGUGGAUGUGCUGGAUGGAGAUGACCUGGGCCCAAUGUUCCUGCCCUGUAGCCUGGUUGAAAACACCCGUGACUGCAAGCCGCUCACCUACAGAGCCACCGUCCUGGAGCUUGCAGACCCAAGCAAGGCAAACCCAGUGAAUGUGACUCCUCCGAUCCAGGCCGUGGAUCAGGACAGGAACAUCCAGCCGCCAUCCGAUCGCCCCGGGAUCCUCUACUCCAUCCUCAUCGGCAAGCCUGCAUUCUAUGCUGAGUACUUCUCACUAAACAGCAGCACAGCUGAGCUCAGACUCCUGCAGCCUAUCAGCCGUGAGCAGCACCAGCGUUUCGACUUGAUAGUCAAGGCAGAGCAAGACAAUGGACAUCCACUCCCAGCAUUCGCCAAUCUCCAUAUCGAGGUACUGGAUGAGAAUGACCAGGCACCCUAUUUCCAGGCAAACACCUACCAAGGCUUCAUCCUUGAAUCAGCUCCAGUUGGCACCACAAUCUCCAGCAACACCAAUCUCUCCUCUCCACUUCUCAUCAUUGCUCUGGAUAAUGACACUGAGGAGACCAAAGAUCCCAUGGUGCGAAUCUCCCUGGACAACUACGAACGCAUCUUUAUGGUGACACCCAGUGGGAUUGUGCGCUACCUGACACUCCUGAAGCCUGUGGACCAUGAAGAGCAGAAGAGCUACAGCUUCACAAUGAUGGCCUCCGAUGGGGUUCACCAGAGCUCACCAGUUGCAGUUAAUAUCAUGGUGAUCGAUGCCAAUGACAACACGCCAACCUUCCCGAACGUCUCCUACAGCGCCAGUGUUUACACAGACAUGCAGGCCGGGGAAGUGGUAUUAUGGCUCACAGCUUCCGAUACUGAUGAGGGUCCCAAUGGCCUGAUAAGCUACAGCAUUGUGGCAGGAUCCCGGGACCACUUCAUCAUCAAUAACCGAACAGGACUGAUCAGCGUGGCACCCGGAGUCAACCUAACAGUGGGCAGCUCUUACGCCCUCACUGUCAAGGCAACAGAUAAUGCAGCCAUUGACCAGAGAAGGAGCUCCAUCACCACUGUGUACAUUGAGGUGUUGCCCCCAAACAACCAGAGCCCCCCACGAUUCCCCCAGCUUCUUUACAGCCUGGAGAUCAGUGAGGCCAUGAGGAGCGGAGCGACACUCCUCAACCUGCAGGCAACAGACCGAGAAAAAGAUCUCAUUAUGUACAGCAUCCUCAGCGGAGAUCCUGAUAAUGUCUUCGAACUCAAUCAAACGUCGGGUCUCUUGCUGCUGGGAAAGAUGCUGGACAGAGAGCGCACGGAUCGCUACACACUGAUCGUUUCUGCCUCUGAUGGCAGGCCAGACGGGACCUCAAUUGCCAAGGUUAACAUACUGGUGACUGAUGUGAAUGAUAACGACCCCAUGUUUGAUCCAUUGCUGCCUCAAAAUUUCGCCGUUCCGGAAGAGCAGGCGAACGCUUUUGUCGGUCAAGUAAAGGCUAUGGAUUCUGACCUGGGAGUGAAUGGGCAGGUACGUUACAAGCUGCUCAGCCAUGCUGACCUCUUCCAAAUCAGCACCGAUGGAAGCAUCUGGACAGUGAUGGCUCUAGACAGGGAGCAGAGAGAGCAUUAUGAGCUGGUCGUGGAGGCGUCAGAUGCAGCACUGGACCCCCGCAGAGCCUCCAUCAAACUCUCCAUCACAGUGCUGGAUAUAAACGAUAACAGCCCAGUGUUCUCCCAGACAUCCUACAACAUAAUUCUGCCUGAGAACAGCCCACCGGACAUGGCUAUCCUAAACCUUACUGCUCUAGAUGCAGACCCCAACUCGCACAUCACCUACCGUAUCAGGACACCAGAGGCCAGGAAACUCUUUGAGCUAAACCCUGUUACAGGAGAACUGAAGGUGCUGCACACACUGGACUUUGAGAAGCUCUCUCCUGAGGAGACCACGCAAACCUUUGUAUUGGAGGCAGUGGACAGCGAUGGCAGUAUGCCCCCCGGUUUAGCUACUGUUACAGUCACGAUAACGGACAUGAACGAUUUUUCGCCCAUCUUCAGCCAGACCCUGUAUCGAGGCAUGGUGGCGCCCAAUGCUGUCAAAGGGACCAUCGUGACCACUGUGCAUGCUGAGGACCAGGACACCACAGGCACAGCAGCCAGUCGAGUGCACUACAAAGUGGACUUGGAGCACUUCCCCUACAGUUCCAGCAUCUUUGAAGUAGAGGAGGACACAGGAAAUAUUCUCACCAGGGUCAAUCUCAAUGAGGAGCCCAACACCAAAUUUACUCUGGCGAUUAUUGCUUAUGAUGACGGGGAGCCUGUGAAGUCCAAUAAGACCCUGGUGGAAAUUACCGUCCUGCAGCCCUCUGCCAUUCCCAUCUUCACUCAGGAAGAGUACAGGUUCCCACCAGUCAGUGAAAAAGCUCCUGUAGGGAAGGUGGUCGGGGUCAUCCUGGCUUCUGCCAUAAAUCAGAGCAUCGUCUACUCCAUCACUGAAGGGAAUGAAGGGGGCGAAUUCAGCCUGAACAACCAGACUGGAGUUAUCAGCACAGCUAAACCCCUGGACUUUGAGAGCAACAACAGCUAUGUGCUGCGUGUGGAGGCCAACUCCAUGACAGUGAUCUCAUCCAACCUGCGGGCUCCUGCAAAAAGUAACACAGCCAAGGUGUUCAUUGAGGUGCAAGAUGAAAACGACCAUCCACCCAUUUUCACUAAACAGCUCUACCUGGCUGGGGUCACAGAGGACACUAAGACAUUCACAUCAGUCCUGCAGGUUGAGGCUCUGGAUAAAGACACAGGGAAUUAUAGUGCCAUGAAGUACCAGCUUAUCAUCCCUCCAACAGCAGAGGGGAAGGACAGCUUUGUGAUCGAGCCAUACACGGGCAUCAUUAAGACUGCCAUAAUGUACCACAACAUGCGCCGCUCCUACUUCAGAUUCGAAGUCAUCGCCACUGACAACUAUGGAGAGGGCCUGAGCAGCAGUGCACAAGUGGUGGUGUCCGUGGUCAAUCAGCUGGAUAUGCAGGUGGUAGUGUCCAAUGUGCCCCCAACUGUGGUGGAGCAGAACAAGGAGCAACUGAUCGGUAUCCUGGAGCAUUUUGUGCAGGACCAGGUCCCAGGUGCCAAAGUAGUGGUGGAAUCCAUUGGGCCACGGCGGUACGGAGAAACCUAUGAUCAGGAAGAAUACUCUAGCUCUGACCUCAUGGUGUACGCAAUCGAUCCGCUGACCAACAGGGCUCUCUCCAGACAGGAGUUGUUCAAGUUUCUGGAUGGAAAAUUACUGGACAUUAAUAAGGAGUUCCAGCCAUACCUGGGCCGGGGCGGCCGCAUCCUGGAGAUUCGCACACCCGACGUCGUGCAGAGUGUGAAGAAAGCGGUGCAGUCAUUGGGCUACACAGAAGGAGCACUGCUGGCCCUUGCUAUCAUUAUCGUUGUUUUCUGCAUCCCCGCCAUCCUCACUGUCAUCAUCACAUACCGACAAUUUAAAGAACGACAGGCUGAAUGUGCCAAAACCGCCAGGAUCCAAAUGGCUCUCCCAGCUGGCAAACCUGGGGGUAUUGCUGCUAGCAAUCUGUAUGAGGAACUAGGCGACAACACCAUGCCUAAGGCUAAAAGGUGUGUUUUGGAGGAGGCAGACCGCCAACAGCUCAUCAGUUCAUUUGCAUCACGUGCCAUUGCAGCACAUAAGCAAUCCUCAGCCAAUGGUAUCCUGCUCAACAAUCUCCCCCGUUCUGAGAGCAACAUCACCUUCCUGUCAGAUGAGAACCCCCUGACCACUACCAAUCCACUCUAUCAUGACAACGGUAACAUCAGCAACCCAGAGCAUAUGGGAAAAAACCAGCACCUGAGGUGUCUACUGGGGCUGCAAUCACCUGGCUUCAAGUGUCUGAAGAGCUCCGAGUUCCCCUUCCCCUCUGGGAUAUCAGGCCAUUCGAGGACACUGCCCUCCAGGCUGCUCAAGGGUGAGGCCAGUGAGCGCUCUUGUAGACGGCAAGUGGUGAUGGACCCCAGGCAAUGGAAGCUACAUCUGCUCAAGUCGGAGCUUAAGGAUAGCGAAGAUCAAGGGAUCAAGGAGUCAGACAAGGGUCCUGAGCCUAAACUGACAGUUAAGGAGAAGGCCUGGCAGUUUGAAGAGCAGGCCCAGCAAGAAAUUAGGCAAAGGCAGAGGGGAGAUUCUCAGGGCUCACUGUCCUCUGAAUACCUGCUGUCCUCUUCCGAGCCACCGAGGUCCGUAGUGGUAGACAUAGAGAAGAACAGUUCCCCUCCAGCCAUCAUAAUCACCCAGACUGAUGGCACACCACCCCCAAGCCGCAAGCCGACUCCACCAGGCCUCAAGAAAUAUGUCAGCUUGUCUGCCUAUGUUGGCGAAGAGACCUAUGAGGUUAAUUUAGAGAUAAUUCCAGACCCUCCAGAUAUACCUGCACCUCCACCACCAAUAGCACGACCACAUCGCUCCUCUCCGACUCCUUCUCCCACUUCGAGCCCCCCUCCUCUUCAUUCUCCUCCUCUGCCUUCAUCACUUCCUCCACCACCUCACACUUGCCCUCCACCUCUACCACCUCCACCUCCUCCUCCUCUACCACCUCCCUCUUCCCCUGCUGGCUCUUGUACUAAGCCUGCCUCCGCCUUCGUUCUUCCACCCCUACCCUCUGUGUCAUCUCUUCGGCCUGUAUCCUCCCGUCCUGCUCCACCUCCCCUCCCAGUAGAACCUGAGUCUUCCAAAAAAGAACUCAAAGGGAUCCUUAAGAACAUUAGGAACAUAGCUGAGUUAGAGAAAUCUGUUGCCAACAUGUACAGUCAAAUAGACAAAAAGCAGCAGCCUCUAAAGAAGCCACAGAAGCCGCAUGUUUCUGAGGAGUCUGAGGUAGGCGAGCCAGAGGUGGAUUGCAUGCAGGAGACAGAGAAGCACAACAACCCAACCAUGAAUUCUGAGGUGGAAGAGAUGGAAAAAUGUUUCCCAUCUCAAUCCACUAUACUGUGACUCUUUACAUAUAGUUCUCUAUUCCUGAUUUCUCUAUUUUCUGCAUCUCUCUCUGAGUUUUGUUUGAGAUCACUGUUUUUUUUUUUUUGUUUUUUUUAUCUUUGUGUGGUCACAUUUCUCUCAUAUCACAAACUAUUGCUUGAGUGUUUUCUUGUAAAACAAAAUGUAAACAGUAUUUGUAUUUCUUGAUUUAGAUUUAAUCAUCUACAGACUUGGAUUAUUUAAAUGCCAAUGAGAGAGUUGUUUUACAAGACAAAAGUAUUUUAUUAUCUAUUGCAAUUUUCCUCGUCUCAUACUCCUCAAAAAAAUUAUAUACUUUAGUCUUGCUGCACUAAAUAAAUAUUCUGUAUAAAACGUUGCACUGAGUACAAUGCAGUUGCCUCAAAUCCUUUUCAUUUAUUUAUAUUUACAUGUAUUAGUUUGGCAGACAUAAGGAAAUUGUGGCAGAAAACAAUGCAAGCAUCUGGCUGCCAAAGAGCAUUUACAUUUUCCUUUCUAUCUCACGUCUCUCUAUGUCUCUUUCUGCAUUAGCACAGCUUGAAUUCCUUUACAACCUCAAGUAUUAUUCAAAGGGCUUUAAAACAAAGUCAUAUGGCUCACACACAGGCAAAAGGUCUUUAAUAUCCCACUAUUUUAUUUAGAAUUAUGUAUACGAUCAGCAAAGGUAUAUUUCAGAAAUUUCACUCACGGUUCCGUACAGAUUGAAAAAUAUAGAACGACUGACGCUGAAAUCUCAUUCAAACUCGUCUCUGUGCCAAAAAUCUGCUACAAGUUGCAGUCAGUUUGUCAAUUCUGAACACGGGUGGCUUUAAUUACAGACACGAUCCAUCGUGUGUGCAAGUCUAGCCCAGUGGUCUCUGUCUCAUCUUUCAAAGAGCAACACAGCACAUUCGAUUCAGCCAGCGUCUUUUUAAUCCCUGCUUUA